AUGGCUGUGUUUUUAGUUAACAUAUGUAAGUUCAAUGGUUGUGGAAUCUCGUUUCCAACCUUUGGUGAUCUAAUCAAGCACAUCGAGGACACACACGUGGACUACGCUUCCCCGGUUCAUGGCCAGCUGGAAGAAUCAGAAUCUAUCUGCCUUCCGAUGAGCCAUGUGCUUCGUUUCGACACAGAUCCUUUUUGUACGGUACAGUCUUUUGUCGACACCAGUGUCAGUGUCACUUCCAGUGACAUAGAAAUAGAUGACGACGAUAAGACGGAUUCCGGAUCUGAAGACAGUAACGACUCCUGGGCGAUGCAGGAACUAAGUCCGGAACUUAUCAUGCAAAGCUGGAAAUAUUACCCGACCGAUGAUAGUGAUUUGAGCUUCUCCGAUGGUAAAACGGUAGGAUGUCCCGUACCCGGCUGCCUUAAACGAUACAAAUCCAUCAACGGACUGAAAUAUCACUCGAAGAACAGCCAUAAAAAAGAAAGUAUCCUUGUCCGGAAAGGUUUCAGCUGUCAUUGCGGUAAAAGCUACAUGACUUGUUCGAUGCUGCGAAACCAUCAGCUGAGAGUGCACAAGAAACCGGCUGUCGCUCAACAUCUUUCGCCAUAA